AUUGACACUAUCUAUUGACAGGUCAAUUGUGCAAUUUGUGCAAACAGAAGCGUUUGUGACUGAAGCGAUCUCACAGUCAGAGCAAGGAGCUUUUGUGCCAGUCAGUCCAAGGUGGAAACAUGGCUGCCAUGCUGAAUGUGGGCGAUGAAUUCUCCACUUGGGCAGAGUUCAGCGAGGCGCUUGAGGCGUUCCAGGAAGCCCACCAUGUUGAGCUAAGCAAAGUGACUUCUAAGACGGUUGCAAAUGAGAAUAGGCAGCUGCCGCAAAACGUUGACAAGUUUCCUGAGGAACAUAUCUACAGGGCAGUCAAAUUUGGAUGUAUCCAUCAUGGCAAACCCCGAUCAAGGAGCACGGGAAUUCGUGGGAAUCAUGCAAGCUUCAAAAUGGGAUGUCCAGCAGAGAUCUACGUCUCCUCAGACCGCAAGAAAAGAAAGCUUGUCAUCAAAACCCUCAACAACAACCAUAACCAUGAAGUGAAUGAAGAAGUCCUGAAGUUGAGCCCCUCAAAGCGAAUAUUAGGAGGAGACUUUCUUGAAGAAGCCUCAAGCAGGACGAGGUACACCAUGGAGGUGUGUGUGGACUCUGUGGAGUCAGCUGUAAAUGCGGAGGAUGGAGGUGCAUCAAGGCUGGAGCUGUGUGGAAACCUGAUGGAAGGAGGGACCACUCCAACUUUAGGGCUGCUGAGGGUGGUGAAGCAGAAAGUGAGGAUCCCCGUGUACGUGAUGAUUCGCCCCCGGGGUGGGGACUUCCUGUACAGCAUCACAGAACGACAGGUCAUGAUGGCCGACCUGUGUCUGGCCAAGGAAGAGGGUGCUGAUGGGAUAGUGCUUGGUGCACUUACAGAGGAUGGCAGAAUAGACAAGGAUCUCUGUAUGGAGUUGAUCGUUUUAGCAAGGCCGUUGCCAGUGACUUUCCAUAGAGCGUUUGACAUGGUGGAGGACCCCUCCCAGGCCCUGGAGGAUGUCAUCUCCCUGGGCUGUGAGAGACUGCUCACCAGUGGUUGUGACUCCACCGUUUUGGAGGGUCUUCCCACCCUUAAAAAACUCACAGAACAGGCCAGAGGAAGAAUCACCAUAGUACCAGGUGGUGGCAUCAAUGAGAGGAACCUGCCCAGAGUGCUGGAGGGGACAGGAGCCAGGGAGUUCCACUGUUCGGCCAGCAGCUUCAAACAGUCGGGCAUGGCGUACAGGAACACGGCUGUGUGCAUGGGAGGGGCGCUCAGACCACCCGAGUUUGGCUACAAAGUGGCCAGCACAGACAGAGUCCGAACAUUGAACCAGAUAGCUGAAUCUACUGUGCAAUGGAGUGUCUAUUAGAACAAAAAGUUUGAAAUGGAACAUUUGAUGUAUCUUUUAUGGAAUUUACUUUUUAAUCACUAUAAUGUUUAUUUCUCAUUCUACUCAUUCGACUAUUGUCUUCAUUGUACUGUAGACCCAUCCUCAGCAGGAACAUGGAUAUAUAUUCAUACACUCAUGAGUCACACAGUUUAUCACCAUUAACUGUAAAACAAACACUAGUGAAAAUAUGACUGAUAAAGACUAUCCUGGAAUAGAACCACAGGCU